AUGAACAUUGGUGGUUCGGACGAUAGACGACACCUUAUGGUUGAUGAAAGAGGCAAAACAGUUAAUGGUACCAUCGCCCCAGAACUUGAAAAUAUUGAGUGGCCUUUAAAGGGUGUCAAAAUGAAGCAAAGGAAGGAACAAGCAAAGAAACGGAUGCUGUAUCAAGCUCCGUACAAAUCUCCCAUAGUCUUAGCUAUAGAUACCUGUUCACAGUCCACAUGCUGUACCCAAUCACCAAGCCGAGCAACAGCAACUUUAUGUUUCACCAACAGUCAACCACCAACAGUACAUCAGUUUAGAUCAACACAACGGGCACCUGUGAAACCUAUGACGUCAACACCAGUCAAGAAUGUCCAGAACGAAAGGUAUGCAACCGAACUUGGCGAAUCUGAAAAUAUGAUAACUUCAACGCCAGUUGACGCUGAUCAAGAAACCAACAGUCCUGUGAUACCAUUCCAAAAUACGAACCCAGUUGAUAAGCAAGAACCACAGACAUCAUUCACACCAAAACGACAGUCAAGCGUACUGUCAGCGCCCACUACACCCAGAACUCCAACGAUUCGUCCAAAGAACUUUGCAGUAACUAAACCCUGCACCACUCCAAACCGACAACAACGUCGUCCAGAGGUACAACACUACUUGGAAGCUAACUUACCGAGAACACCCAAGAAAGCAACUUCUCUGAAAGGAGUGAUCAAAACAACCAAAAAAACAACUCCAAAGAAGUUCAACAAGAUUCAUCCUCUGAGUAAAUCCAAUGUGGAUCACGACUUGCUGCGAUAUCAUUAUCUCACCAAGUCACCAUCCGCUAAAUCCAGCCCUGCUAGAACUGUUGCUUCUACUGCAUCCUCUCGUGUUUUUGAGUUCCAAUCAUCUCCCCGAAGAGCAAUUAUGUUUCAGACAAGUGGAUCUGCAAAAGAAGCUGCAAAACAAUCAGUUUUACUGACCAUCAGGAAGGUCGCUCAAGAAUUGGCUAAAUUAAGAAAACGAAGGCAGUUAUUGUAUAUAGGUAAGCUAAUAGAAUGUGAAAAGGGAAGUACGGUAUCCCUUGCUCUACAACGACGACAAAUUCCUCGUAAGAGGUUUUCAGUUUGUGUAUCAGGGACGCUUUUUAAUUCAUUUGCGCAAUUCUAA